AUGCUGCCUCAGCACCCCACACAUUUCCCACGUUCAACUUCCUGCGUGCCGCCUCAAGAACAGCAGCAGCGUAUUGUUGUUGCAUUUGACGUUUCAAAGGGAGAGACUAUAGAUCCAAACAACCCUUCACUGCGACGCUGCUGUCGUCUGCUCCAGCAGUUGGGCUGCACUUGUGUCGUUAACCGAUCUCUUCUUAACCUAGAAAGGUUGCAACGCCACGACGUAUCGUUACUUAUUAUGGGCAAUCCACUCAAGCCGUUCACCGCAGACGAACUCCUGUCCCUGAAACUCUUUCUACAGACUCCUCCAACUGACACAACAACGCACCCUGCAGCGGCAAAUGUUCCGGUUGCGGUUACUUCUGCGGUUGCUGCUGAUGAGUCACAAACGUCGGCUGCGAUAGGUGCUGCCCCUUCGGUUGUUGCCGACGAACCCCACUUAUCAAUGCCUGCUGAGAAGCAACACACCACGGGAACGGGGUGGUCUACUAUGAGAAAAACAGGAAACAAUGGCGGUUUCGCCACUGCAGCAACAAAGACGAGUGUUCGGCAGGCCCGCAGCAUCUUCAUCCUCGGAGGCAGCAACAGCAGCAGCAGCAACGUGAAUUUCUUGCUUGAGGAAAUGGGCCUUUCUCUUGCUGCGGACUCUGUUAUUUCAGUCAUUCCUCCUACUCUGCCGCAGCAGCACAGUGGCAUUUACCACCCAAGAGAGGUAGUGCUCCAGCAAGAGCAGCUCGUAGGAGAGAAGAUACGGCAGGAAAUCCAACGACAGCAACAACAUGGCAAUACCAACAACAGGAGCGUCAGCGGGGACAGUGUUUUUGUUUAUCCUCACGGAUCCACUGUCUACGUGCAAAGCCCUGCUGUGCCACUGCUAUGUAGCAGCAACUCUUGCAGCCCUUCUCACAGACCACUCAUUGGUGCUGCUCCUGCCGCUGGAGGAGGGGUUGUUGUCGCUGCUGGUAGUAGCCAGCUGCUGCAGGACCCUUACUUGAAUCUUUACAGCAAUAUGGAGUUAGUGCGCCUGCUACUGCAGCUUCUUCUGGGUUAUGUGUCGCUGAAGCAGCUGCAGCCAACUAUAGGAGAAUCAACUGCAGCAAUAAGCAAGUACGUCCGGCAAACAGACACUGAAGUGCUAUCGGUGUUGCCUCAACCAUGCUUAGAGGCCCCGCCAGAUAUCCCUAGGGACUUUCGUCUGCUGCAUCAACAGCAAAGUUUUGCGCUGCAGCCGCGGCUGCUGCUGCAGCUGCAGCAGUUGCUACAGCAGAUAAAUACGAACCCAAUAGGCAGACCACUUGAACUAAUCAAUCCCGAAUUGAUGCAGCCCUUUCCGCCGCUAAGGCCUGCCCUACACCCACCAAUAACGCCGUCUUUCCCUGUUCCCUCUUUACCCUUAAUAGACUUGGACAGUCUCGUGAUGUCUUCUCAGCAGCUGCUACUUGCUGCAGCUGCUGCUGCAGCUGCAAGUUUUGGUGCAAGUGCGCAAGCUGCUUCUGCAGCGGAGUGCUUAACUAGUGUAGCACUGGAUCCUACAAAGUCGCACCCACAAGCAGCAGAAACAGCAGCAGCACCCCAGCCUCAUCGGGAAAGUUGUCUGGUGAACUUUAUCUUGACAGCUGCGAAAGUGACGGGUCUGUCGCUUCUCCAUGGGAGGCAGGAACAGCAAACUGGAGGUCAUCCACAGCAGCAGAAUGAUCAACCGCAACAUAAUCAUGACAAUGGGCUGUUGGAUCAAGUAUCAGGCAAGGAUGCCAGAGCUCGCGCUGCUCUGGUUCGUUUGCUCGUCUGCACCCUCGAGAGGCGUUGUAGCAAAACGAAGCAGCGGACUGGUGAUGCUGCAGAACCAGCUUGA